AUGGCGGACUCAUCAAAGCCCAUCGUCCUCCACCUGGGCGACCCCGUCAAGCACUGCCCGGGGCUCUACGCCCAGCUCUGCGAGAAGUUCACCGUCAUCCGGCCCGAGCUCGCGGACAGGCAACGGCCGGCCUUCCUCGAGAACCUCCGCACCAAGAAAUGGGGCGACUUUGCCGCCAUCACGCGCGGCCAGUGGUCGACGGGCAACGAGAUGGCCCCCUACGACGCGGAGCUCAUCUCGCUGCUGCCCAAGUCCCUCAAGGUCAUCGCCUCGGCCGGCGCGGGCUACGACUGGGUCAACACGGGCCUGCUCGCCGAGGCCGGCAUCCUGUACUGCAACGGCGCCUCGGCUUCCUCUGAAGCCGUCGCCGACAUGGCCAUCUACCACAUCAUCUCCGUCUUCCGCAACAUGCAGUGGACCAACAUGGCCGCGCGCACGCUCGACCGCGAGCAGUGGCUCGACGCGCACCACAGCAGCCCUUUCACGGCGCUCAACCCGCGCGGCCACGUCCUCGGCGUCAUCGGCCUCGGCAACAUCGGCUACACCAUCGCCGAGAAGGCGUACAAGGCCUUCGGCAUGAAGAUCGUCUACUUUGACCCCUUCCCCAAGUCGGCCGAGCAGGAGGCGGCCAUCGAGGCCAGGCGGGUCGAGGACAUGGACGAGUUCCUGGGCCAGGCCGACUGCGUCGUCCUCGCGGCGCCGGGCGGGGGCGGCAAGAUCAUCACCGCGGAGCGGAUAGCCAAGAUGAAGAAGGGCUCGAGGCUGGUCAACAUUGCGCGUGGUACUCUGGUUGAUACGGACGCCGUCGCCGACGCGAUGGACUCGGGCCACCUGUUUGCCGUCGGCCUGGACGUGCACGAGGACGAGCCCAAUGUCAACCCGCGUCUGGUUUCCAAGCGGAACGCGACGCUGACCUGCCACACGGCCGGCGGAGCUCUGGACACCAAUAUUGGCUUCGAGAGGCUAGCUAUCGAGAAUGUCCUUUUGGUUCUCGACGGAAAGGCGCCUCUGACGGCGGUCAACAAGCAUUUGAUCAAGGCAUAG